AUGUCGCUCGCGGCUCGGCCUCGCCUCGCGCCUCACACUACUGACUCGCUCACUCGCCCGCCGAUCCGUCCGCUGUCUGGUCGCCGCGGAGGCCGCCGCCGCGCACGCGCACUAGCUUGCCGGACGGCCAGAGGCUGCAGGCUGCAGGCAGCGCCGCCGCUCGCGCCCUCUCGCUGGCUAGCCCGGCGCGCAGUGGCUCGCGCCGCGGACGCCGCCGAAGGUGGAGAGACGACAGCGCUGGGGGAUGGGAGGACGGCACAACGCCUGCGCAGUGAGAGCGGCCAGGCCCGGCGGCGGAGAGCGGCGGGAGCUUGUCUUCUAGCCUACAGCGAAGUGCUAGGGUAUCUCAGGGCUCUUUCCGGGGCCAUCCUCACAUGCUGCCCUAUCCUUGGUGACCGCAUCCUCAUGCACUCUGAGGAGCCAUCUACCAUGUUCCCAGCACCAGGCAAGCGAAACUCCGUCUCAAAAAAAAAAGAGGAUACAACAGAGUUGCUUCAAAAGACAAAUAUUUGGAUCAUGCCAAGACCUGGAGUGAAGAAGAUAAGGAACUCCUCCUACCCCAUAGCAGGUCGUGGGCCAGCCGUUUGCUACUACACUGUCUCUUGGUUAAGGCAAGGUUUCAGCAUCACCCUGACUUCUCUUGGAAGGAUUCCUUGGCCUUAGGCUGGGGUGGGCACCUGUCCUAGCCUACAGAGCUGGGUUUCUCCUUUUCCUCAACCACACAGGGAGCACCACUAUGCAAAGACCUCAUCAUGUUCACAGCUGUCUCCCCAGAGCCUCAAACUGUGCUUGGCAUACAGCAGGUGCUCAAUAAAUAUCUGCCAAAUGAUUGAAUGCAUCUCGCCUGCCUCAGGAUGCCACCAGGCCCCAAGAGAGCCAUGGAGAUCAGAGGAAAGCUUUUGGAUUUCUGCCACGCCUUACAUUAGCAGCAUCUUCUCCGAGUCCUGACAGCCAGCCUCCUGGGACGCCAUUUGAGCCAGCUGAAUUCCGGUCACUGCUUCACCUUGGAAAGGCAUCCACAGCCCUCACCAAGUGGCCCCGUAAUUGACGUCACAGCGGGGCCAGGAGCUGCCCUGUUAAUAUUUAAUGUGGCCUUCACUGCGGCAAAGCUGCAGUCUCCAAGAGCUGGAGGGGCUGUGCAGAGUCUCCAUGGGGUUGUAGGGAGGGCACAGAUGGGAAAGGGCUUCAUAAACCAUAAAGCCUCCAACAGAUGAGCAUUCUGCCAAUCCAUUUCAGUCCCUGGCUUAACUCAGAAAGAGCCAGGGCAGCACAUGCCUGCAGUGGGACAAGAAGAUUGCUGACUGAGCCCGAGCACUAAAUAAAUGGGGGAUUAGGGGCUCCAAAGUACAUUUCAUGGAGAGUGGGAGGGCAGAGCACUGGCACCAGCCAGAACUGGACUCCACUCCAGGUUUGCCCCCUGCACAACUGUGUGACUGGGUCAGCAAGGAGCACUGAGCCUCAGUCUCCCUUAUCUGUGAAAUGAGGAUGAUGGUUUCCUUGUAGUGCUGCUGCAAGGGCUCAGUGAAAUCAGUGAUGCAGAUGACCUAGCUUUACACAUCACAUGGUAUCAACACAGGCUGAGACCCUCCUCCCAAACCAGGCCUGGGACCUGAGGUUGGAGAGAGGAGACACGGGGCCCCUUCAAGCAUUCAUUGGGCAGAGUGAUGGCAGGAAGGAAGAAGGAGCAAAGAGGCACAGGAAGGAUGACUUGGGAGCCAAGCAUCUGAGGCUUGGAAUUUUCACCCUGGUGGGCCUGUAGCAGGAGCGGUGUCAGAGAAAGGAUGGGCAGAGAGCUCCAGGAUGGGCAGAGAGACCCAGGAUGGCAGACGCAGAAGGGCCCUCAUGGACAGUCUCUCUGCUCAUCUGACCCCUUUGUUUGGCAGAUGAGCAUCCGAGAGGGAGUAAACCAUGCCAGAGGCUCACAUGGCAGAGCUGCGGUCUGACUGGCCUGCAGCCCUCUGUGGUUUCAUCAGCUUGGGUUUAUCCAAGGCCAGUGCGGGAGGCAAAUGUGUUGGAAGACACCAUGCAAUGCCCCCACUCCUGGUGGUGACUUGCACUUCUUUGGCCUGGGGAAUAGGAGGAACCUCAUCCCCCGCCUCUUCCUGGUCUCCCUCCAGUCUAUUUUCCCAGGAAUCCUGGGAGCUUCUGAAAAUGUAAAUCUGACCUUGUCCUUUCCCUGCUUAAAACCUUUCCAUGAUUCCAUGCCUAAAGUCUCCAGAGAAAAUAUAGGAGGCUCAGUUAAAACUGAAUUUCAAGCUGAGUAUGGUGGCACACACCCAGCUACUCAGCAGGCUGAGGCAGGAAGAUUGCUUCAGGCCAGGAGUUUGAGGCCAGACUGGACAACACAGUGUGACCCUGUCUUAUAAAAAGAACAAAAACUGAAUUUCAGAUAAACAAUGAAUAAUACUUUAGUGUAAGAAUGUCCCACACAUUGCAUAUGCAUACUACAAAAAUUAUUUGUUGGUCAUCUGAUGUCCAAAUUUAACAGGACAGUCUGUGUCUUAAUUUGCUAAAUCUGGCAUUCCUACAUACACUGCCCUCAGGAUAAAAGAUGAAGCCUAUUUUUUCUUUGUUUCUGAAAUGGAGUCUCAAAAGCCCAGCUAGAGAGCAGUGGCGCCAUCUUGGCUCACUGCAACCUCUGCCUCCCAGGUUUGAGUGAUUCUCCUGCCUCAGCCUCCCAAGCAGCUGAGACUACAGGCACACACCAGUAUGUCCAACUAAUUUUUUCCUUUUUUAGUAGAGAGGGGAUUUCACCAUGUUGGCCAGGCUGGUCUGGAGCUCCUGGCCUCAAGUGAUCUACCCGCCUUGGACUCCCAAAGUGCUGGGAUUACAGGUGUAAGCCACUGUGCCCAGCCAGGAAAAAGGACAAAGUCUUUACUUUGCCCAUGAGACCCAUUUGGCCCCGAUCUCAUCCUUCUGCUCUUCUACAUGGACUCUCUGCUUCAGACACAGUUCGUUUGCCUUUACUUGAGAAACUCAAGC